AUGGUGCGAUGGCCGCUGGAGUGGGAUAUGGUAGAUCGAGGGAUUUCAGGAUCAGACCUCAUGAAGAUGUCUAACAGGGGCACAUGGUUUUGGGUGCGCCUCAGAAUGGAACCACCUGGGAUAACACUUUCCACCUCUCUUCUUGCAGGGGGUUAUGAGCGUUUCUCCUCAGAGUACCCUGAAUUCUGUGCGAAAACUAAGUCCCUGAACAAUGUGUCACCCCCUACCAGCGCUGAGCCCCUGGAUUUGGGCUGCAGUUCCUGCGGGACCCCUCUUCAUGACCAGGGCGGCCCUGUGGAAAUCCUUCCCUUCCUCUACCUUGGCAGCGCCUACCAUGCUGCCCGGCGGGACAUGCUCGAUGCACUGGGCAUCACAGCCCUCUCCUCCGCCUGCCCCAACCACUUUGAGGGGCACUACCAGUACAAAUGUAUCCCUGUGGAGGAUAACCACAAGGCUGACAUCAGCUCCUGGUUCAUGGAGGCAAUCGAGUACAUUGACUCGGUGAAGGAGUGUUGCGGCCGGGUCCUGGUCCACUGCCAGGCUGGUAUCUCCCGCUCAGCCACCAUCUGCUUGGCUUACCUGAUGAUGAAGAAGCGUGUCAAGUUGGAGGAGGCUUUUGAGUUCGUCAAGCAGCGCCGGAGUAUCAUCUCCCCUAACUUCAGCUUCAUGGGGCAGCUGCUGCAGUUUGAGUCGCAGGUGUUGGCCACCUCAUGCGCAGUAGAAGCUGUCAGCCCCUCGGGGACACUGCGGGAACGGGGCAAGGCCACCUCCACCCCCACCUCCCAGUUUGUCUUCAGCUUCCCAGUCUCUGUCGGUGUCCAUGCUACUCCCAGCAGCCUCCCGUACCUGCACAGCCCCAUCACCACAUCACCCAGCUGUUAA